CUUGUCAUAUUCUCCGGAUAGUAAUUGAUGGUUUCGGAUUGGAGGACGACACUGUGUUGUUGGUGGACUUGUUAAUGCUUUAAAAACUGUAUCUGUUUCUCCCCCAAUCGAAAUCAGCCAGUGUUUUUUCGAGUCUCUCAACUGUGUUUCUACCUCUUUCACCGCUUUCUCCCCCCUUCUCUCUCUAAUAAUCGAGAGAGCCAUGGCUCCUCACGACGACUCUACUGCCAAAGUUGCAGAGGAGACCAUGGUUGCAGAAACUGUAUCAAAACCUAUUUCUACAGUUGUUAUCAUCAUAGCUAUGCAGACUGAAGCUCUUCCGCUUGUCACCAAAUUUAAUCUGGUAGAAGACCCUAAUUCUGUAUUUCCUAAAGGUGUCCCAUGGGUCAGAUAUUAUGGAACUUACAAAGACUUGAACAUUAAUAUAAUCUGGCCAGGAAAAGAUCCAGCUUCAGGGGUUGAUAGUGUAGGUACAGUUUCUGCGUCCCUCGUAACAUAUGCUUCUAUACAAGCACUUCAACCAGAUCUUAUCAUAAAUGCAGGCACUGCUGGUGGCUUUAAGGGAAAGGGUGCUGGCAUUGGAGAUGUAUAUGUGGCUUCUGAUGUUGCUUUCCAUGAUAGAAGAAUACCCAUACCCGUUUUUGAUCUUUAUGGAGUUUUUGCCAAGCGGGCCUUUUCAACUCCAAAUCUGUUGAAGGAGCUUAAUCUGAAGGUCGGAAAGUUGUCUACUGGUGAUUCCCUUGAUAUGUCACCAAUCGACGAAAAAUCAAUUAUUGCAAAUGAUGCUACUGUUAAAGACAUGGAGGGAGCAGCUGUAGCGUACGUGACAGAUCUCUUAUCAGUCCCUACAAUCUUUGUAAAAGCUGUUACCGAUAUCGUCGAUGGUGAUAAACCAACCGCAGAAGAAUUUUUACAGAAUUUAAUAGCAGUGACUGCUGCACUUGAUCAAGCCGUUACCAGAGUUGUUGAUUUUGUUAAUGGAAAGUGCAUCGCUGAGCUCUAAAGGCAAACUCAAACAUGAUUUUCACUUCUGGCAAAAGCAAAUAUACUGCGAUGUGGCCAGACUCAGUAAGAUAGCGGCUCCUGUUUCUCUCCUCGAAGGAACACUCUUCAACAAGCAUCAGUUACAUUAGUUAGUGUUUUGUUGAUGCACAACUUUGUGAUUCUGUAUCCAUAUUUGUAUGGGUUCGUGUUACAGUAUCUCAGAGCAACAUUUUCAUUCUAUUAGUACCUUAUUCUUUUACAGAAAUGAGGAGCCUCCAUAUGAUGGAGGUGUAUAAUGAAUUUGUUAAAGUGGAUCUUUAUUAGUAUAAUUGAGUAGAUGAUAUGUAUCUUUUCAAUGAAUAAGAGCUUUAAACCGAUGCAAUGUCAAAUUGUGCUUCUUCA